CAGUAUCGGAUAACCGCUUCAUCGCGUCUGUCAAGAUUCGCACGGGUGCAUGGAAUUCGGUGUUUUUCGGGCUGUGAGUCCCUACUACUAAAAUAUCAUAAUUUGAGUUUCAAUUCUUUAGUAUCGACGAUAAAAUUAAGCGUUUAGCUGAAUGAAACUAUGUUAAAAUGAAAAAAACUGAAAGAAACUAUGCGCACAGAUUUUACGCGGCUUGCAGUUUCUUUUGAUGUAAUUUAUUUGUACCUAGUUCCUUACGAUAAAAGUACGUGCGAUUAAGAAGUCCGAUCAUCCAGGAGUCAUUAAACUUCAGGAAAUGUUUUUAAACCACUCGAGCGAUGCUUCUGUUGUUCUUCACGGCACGAGUCAGCAGGAAAGCAUGUAGUCAGGAAAAGGUUGUUUUGAGCCCGAAGUAACCCGGGUCUUUUCGAUCAGUCAGUACAUCCAGAGAAAGCUCGAAAUCAUCAUGCUCGGAGAAAUCAAUUCGCCUUUUAUUGAGACGUACUGGCAGCACAUUCUGCUGGGUGCUGUGUGCUACUGGGCUACAAGGUACCUGAUGAGUUUCUCGCUCAUCAAUACGCUUGCCAAGGAGGCCAAGAAAAUCCGCCAAGUUCGACAGCAAAAUUCUGGUGGAGACAGUGAGGAUAGCGAGGACUUCGCGCUGAACCCGGAAGAUGUGGAGCCGGUGGCAAGCAGCGCUCUCCCAGUGGACCUGCCCCACGUGCCCUACGAGUUCACCCGACUCCCGCCCGAGGAAUCCCUGAAACGGGCCGAAGAAUUCUACCAACUCAUGAACUCGCGAAGAACCUUGCGCUUCUUCAGCGAUGAGCCGGUCCCGGUCGAGAUCCUCCACAAAAUUAUCCACACUGCAGGAACAUCGCCAAGUGGAGCACACACAGAACCGUGGACUUUCGUUCUGGUUUCUGAAAAAGACCUCAAACAAAAAAUCCGCGAUAUCGUUGAGGAAGAGGAGAGGAUAAACUACGAACGCAGAAUGAGUAAACAAUGGACAACAGAUCUGAAGCCGUUACGUACAUGCUGGGUGAAAGAAUACCUGACAGUGGCCCCAUAUUUACUGCUCGUUUUCAAACAGCAGUACAGCUACACCGACGAUGGCAAGAAGAAGCUUCACUACUAUCAUGACGUCAGCAUCAAUUUAGCCUCGGGCAUACUGCUCUCUGCAAUACACUAUGCAGGUUUGGUGACAUUGACGAGCACUCCUUUGAACUGCGGCCCAGCUUUGAGGGCAAUGUUCAACCGCCCCUCGUACGAGAAACUCACGCUACUCUUGCCAAUUGGCUACCCAGCGAAAGAUGCCACCGUCCCUGAUCUUAAACGGAAACCUCUCGCGGACAUAUUAAUUGAGUAUCAUUGAUCCGAGCACUACAUUCUAAGGGUAUUUUUUUCAAGCCCUUAGCUCAAAUAAAGUUAAUGUAACUAAUCUUAAGUUUAAUUUGUUAAUUGUUCAAUUUAAUUUAAUUAUAAAUUUUACGUGAAAGUCUGUUUAAA